UCCCCUCUUGAUUUUUUUCUGAACUGAGGUUUUUUCUCUCAUCAGUAGAAAAUCAGCUGAAACGAAUUGGGUUAAUAGCAUCACUUGAAAGAAAAAAAAAAUCCAAAUUGAUGCAGCAAUUCUCAUCUUCUGAAGGUUUCUGCAAUUGGGUGUUUGAGAUUUGAAAGUAUUAGCAUGUUUUUAAGCUCGGCAUCGAUUAAGGAGUGGGGUCUUGUUGGGUUGAAGUGAUUCCAUUGUGGUUUCUGGUAUCUGGGUGUUCAAGAGAAUGAUGUCAUUGGCGUAUGCCAAUGUCGAUCUUAGCCGGAUUGGAUUGGAUCGGGUCGGUUGCGGGUGUUCGUCGAGUCAGUGUGGGAUAUCACUUGCUGGGUUUUCAGGCAGGAGCUAUGCGAGGUCGGGUCGGGUUCCGCAGAGGUUGUUCUGUAGACAGCGCAAGGCUGCUAUCUGCCAAAUGUCUGCGGCGCAGACGUCGGAUGCAACGUUGGAUGCUUCAGCAUUGGAUGGGAAAUCGAAUUCCAGCAGCCCUGUUACUGUAUCUUCAUUACUGGACACAGUUGCUGAUGACUUACUAACCUUGAACAAAAAUCUCAAAUCAAUUGUUGGUGCAGAAAACCCAGUUCUAGUAUCCGCAGCAGAACAAAUAUUUGGUGCUGGCGGCAAGAGACUGAGACCGGCUUUAGUAUUCCUGGUGGCAAGAGCGACAUCCAAAAUAGCGGGCUUGAAGGAUCUUACCCCACAACAUCGGCGCUUGGCAGAGAUCAUUGAGAUGAUUCACACCGCAAGCUUAAUACAUGACGAUGUAUUGGACGACAGUGGCAUGCGAAGAGGAAAGGAAACCAUUCAUCAAUUGUAUGGUACAAGGGUGGCAGUAUUAGCCGGUGACUUCAUGUUCGCACAGUCAUCAUGGUAUCUUGCAAAUCUUGAAAACAUACAAGUCAUAAAGCUCAUCAGCCAAGUCAUUAAAGAUUUUGCGAGCGGCGAAAUAAAGCAAGCAUCAGGCCUCUUUGACUGCGAUGUCACGCUCGACGAUUAUCUGCUCAAGAGCUUCUACAAAACAGCUUCCCUGAUCGCCGCAAGCACGAAAUCUGCUGCUGUAUUCAGCAGCGUCAGUGAGAGUGUAUGUGAACAUAUGUACGACUAUGGAAAGAACCUUGGCCUAUCGUUCCAAGUCGUCGAUGACAUCCUCGAUUUUACCCAAUCGGCAGAGCAGCUAGGCAAGCCGGCUGGCAGCGACCUGGCAAACGGGAACCUGACCGCCCCCGUCAUUUUUGCACUGGAGAAGGAGCCAAAAUUGAGAGAGAUCAUCGACUCUGAGUUCAGUGAACCAGGUUCCUUAGACGAUGCGAUCGAAUUGGUUUUCAAACGUGGGGGGAUUGAGAGAGCGCGGGAUCUGGCGAAAGAGAAAGCCGAUCUAGCGAUCAAGAGCCUUCAAUGCCUUCCUCAGGACAAGUUCAGAUCGUCACUCGAGGGAAUGGUGAUGUAUAAUCUUGAACGGAUUGAUUAGAUUGGUAAACAUUCAUACCCAUAUGAGGUGUUGGAUCAAUGUAAUAAUGCAUUUGUGGCCUAUUGAUUACAUGCUGCAAAAAGGAAAAUAAUACCGAAUACCACUUGUAUUAUUAAGCAAUUUUUAUUGUUUUAAUCAUUUGAUUACCUCCAGAGGGUAUCAUUCGAUCAAUCAAAUCACACUACAGGUUAUUAUUCA